UGGUGGAUAAGCUAGACAAUAUGAAGAAAAACUCCCUUGGUAAUGGGACAACUCAGUGUAUCCUCUGUGGGGAUGAGUUUGGUCUCCUAGGAGCUUCACCUAUGACCUGCUACGAUUGUUACAAGGCUGUAUGUUCCAAAUGUGGUGUAGACACAACCAACAGCAUCAAACAACCAAUCAUGCUUUGUAAACUAUGUAGCGAGACGAGAGAGUUAUGGAAGCGAUCGGGAGCUUGGUUCUUCAAGGCUCUACCAAAGUACACAGUCCCCGAGAAAAAAUCUGAGAUGCAUCACAAUAGGUACCCCGGUAGCUUCAGGAGAACCGAGGCCAAGCCCAUCAGGAGAAGGCGAGCUGACAGCGAGAGCUCAGACGCUUCUAGCUCUGAUGAUGACGUCAGUCUGGGUCGUAAGAGGAGAGCCAAGAGAGACGGAGACCAAGACGACACAAGCAUAUCCAGUAGUGGGCUGAGCAGCGCAAACCUCCUGGGCGGCGGAUCCAAGAACGAUUACCCUGGGACCCUCUAUUCGUCCAAUCACAUGGCCGGUAGCAGGACGAGUGUCGGUAGCGGGGGAUGGUACGGCAGCGCAAACGACAGCAGCGUGGGGGACGCAGGGCACGAUGACUCGGACAGCGAGAGGAGCACACCGGGAGCUACUCUUGGAAAGGACAAGCUCUCCCGUACCAGCUCCACUCGUUCCACCGGUGGUGGUGGCUCCUCCGCCCCUCACCAGACCUCCUCUUCCCGUGGCGGCUCCCGGUACGAAGGCAACCCGCGACACUCCCUCGCCGACGCCGAUGACGACAUGGACCGCGCUUUUAGCCAGUACGGAGGAGGGGUGGCAAGCGGUGAUGGGGAUGAUGGUUAUACCGGUGGUGGAGGUGGUGGAGGGGGGCAGUAUGCAGGUCACUACGGGGGCUCCGGUGGUGGAGGGUAUGGUAACGGUGGUAAGGCGGGCUUGCAGGUGGCUGGUGGUGUUAUGAUGAGCGGUGGUGGUGGUGGUGGUAGCGGCAGCGAGGGGAACGGGUACGAUCCCCAGGAGUAUGUCGGCGAUGCUAUGGAUAGCUCACCGGAUGAAGGCAGUUCUCUGGGCACUCUGGAGUUCUCUGUACUCUAUGAUGGUAUUAACAAUGCACUCCAUUGCACUGUCACCAAGGCACGUGGUCUCAAAGCCAUGGACUCUAACGGCCUAUCAGAUCCUUACGUAAAGCUACAUUUGUUGCCUGGGGCAACCAAGUCUACCAAGCUCCGAACCAAGACCGUUGCCAAAACCCUGAAUCCAGACUUCAACGAAACUCUGACAUACUAUGGGGUCACUGAGGAUGACCUCUCAAGAAAGAUCCUCAGGUUAUCAGUAUUGGAUGAGGAUAGAUUUGGUCACAAUGAUUUCAUUGGAGAAUACAGACUACCGCUCAGAAAGCUAACACCAUACCAAACCAAGUCACUCAGUGUCUACCUAGAAAAACCUCUUCCAUUGGAGAAGGAUGAUGAGUUAGCUGGAGAGCGAGGCAAGCUGAUGGUUGGUCUCAAGUACGUCAGCACCAGACAAUGCUUGGUGGUCAGUAUCAUUCGAGGGGCGGGGCUAGCUGCCAUGGACUCCAACGGUUACUCGGAUCCUUACGUUAAAGUAUACCUGAAGCCAGACGCAGGGAAGAGAACCAAGCAUAAGACUGCAGUCAAGAAGAGGACCCUCAAUCCUGAAUUCAAUGAGGAAUUCUACUAUGAGGUGAAGCACCCUGAGUUGGCCAAGAAGACUCUAGAGAUCACAGUGUGGGAUAAAGACAUCGCCAAGGCAAAUGAUUAUAUUGGUGGUGUGCAACUUGGGAUCACCAGUAAGGGUGAGCGUCUACGUCACUGGUUUGAGACUCUCAAAGGAAUCGACAAGAAGUAUGAGAGAUGGCACACUCUUUCUGAUGAAAGCUUUGGAGAUGAAUAAAAAAUAUAUGUUCUUUAAUAGAGAUGCAGUCAAACCUGUCUUAGUGGCCACUUGUCUA